UAGUGUUUAUAGUAAUUUAACGAGACAUGACAAUUUGUUUAUGUAUCGUGCGUUACUUGAUAUUUCCGUCAAGCGGACAGGUUUAAGUUUCACUCCCAGAAUAUUACAUAGAAUUGUGUUUUAUCUGAAAAAGCUGCUACCAAAUUCUUAAAAAUGUCGGAUCCCACUAUACAAACGUUCUGUUGUCGACACACGGGGAAUAAAGAAGACAUGGCAGUCCGAAUAAUGGGUGAAUUUAAUACGGAUUCCUACAACAUAGUUUGUUUGGUUUCCUCUACUGUCGGUAUUUUGGGUUCGUUAUAUCAGAUUUCCCCUCGUCUUGUUGGUACUCACAGAAUGUAUCUAGCAACUAGAGGUCAACAUAUUAUCAUGUGGCUAGCUGUUGCAGAUUUACUAGCUUCUUUUGGUGUCCUGGUGAGAUCAGCACUAUGGCUAAGAUUCAAAAACAUAAUGCCAAUGCCUGAUGAUGACGUCAGUGUCUUGUUUUGUAGUAUAGUCUCAGCAUGGACUCAGUAUUUCUACACAGUGACAUGGUUUUGGACAUUAUUUUAUGCAAUUGAUACUUGGCUUAAAAUAAAAGGAAGAGACUCGCAUCCAGUGCUUUAUCACUCCAUGGCCUGGGGGGUGCCUGCAGCUACCACUGGCGUGGGCCUAUCUAUACUAUACAUUCCCAAUGCCACGUGCCAUAAUUUGAAUUCAGUGACCAGUGCCUUAAUUAAAGUUUUGCCAAACUAUUUUGCAACAUACAUGCCCAUAGCUACAGUGAUGAUUGUCAAUCCAAUUAUGUACUUAAUGUCAAGUAAGGAUAUUGAAAUGGCAGUAGCUUUGCCAUUGGCACAGUUCACUAGUAAGGAGAGGAGGGUGGUUGACACUUUAAGACUGAAGUUCCUAUUUAUAAAUGUAGUUUUUUACAUUUGUUGGCUACCUAAUCUUAUAAAUGGCAUUUUGUUGUGGACCAUGUGGUUUGACAUGCCAGUGAAGGUUGUUAUUGUCCUUUGGUAUAUAAUGGCUGUGGUCAAUCCAAUGCAAGCUCUAUUUAAUGCAUUAGUAUAUCGCAAAUGGAACUCUGAUGGUCGAAGAUUCCUUCCAUCAUUCUCAAGAGUACAAAAAGAAUUUAACUUCUAUGAUGAGCAAUCACCUCUUUUGGGUUCAGAGCCACCAAGACUGCAACUUAGUCCUAUUGUUCCGCCUAGUAUAAAUAAUUAUGCUACACUGUAAUUUUAUAAGACUUCAGCACAAGCGCGAGCAUUCGUACACCUGCCUUUAGUGUGAUAUAUGAUAGUAUUAUGUUUGUGAUUUGAUAAAAGUUUGUAAAUACACCUUUAUUGUGAUGCAAUAUCAGUAUAGAUUGAUACUCUUUACAGAUCAUCUUGUCAGGGUAUUUGUAGAUAAAUACUUUUGUAGUGUGUUUUAUUUUUUAUAUGAAUAUACAUUUUUGCAAAAUUUUAACAUGUUCAUUAAAUUUAACAAA